AACGUUCAAGAUGGCGACGUCAAUCAGGAAGUAAGACAAUCAAAAAUCUGAUGUUAAAAUCCCGGUAUCAGGCGAACUACAACACACGCGUACAAGAUUUGUAUUGAUGGUUUGAUGGUGACCAGGCUUAUUAAAAGUUUGCUUUGCUAAGGGCAUGGCUGACCCCGGUAAAGCCGCUUUGUACUUGCCCUGAUGCCCCUUAUGGCUGCUCCUCCCGCCAUGGAUGGGGAGAACCACCUGGAUCAGCGGGGGCCGCAUUCUGACUCUGCUGCCUACAGUGUGUCCAUGCAGAAUGCGAUGCAUCAGGCCAACACUUGGAAAUACUCGCAGGCACCUCUGUACAGUGCUCCUUAUCCUGUGCAUUCUGGAAACCAGCGCUGUCCCCAGCUCCCAUCUGCCGACAGUCAGUUAGACCUCCUGCCCUCCUUGCUAUGCCAGAAUGCGGAGCUACCCGGGCCAAGCCUGCAAAGGAACAGAGACUCCUCUCAGGACUUCCAGGACAUCGACAUGUCAUGGCUGCCCUCUUCGCCUGAUUCGCUGUCGGAGUACGUCACGCAGGACUAUGGCUUGCCCCUGCUGUGUGAUGUCGCCGCUUCUGGGUCGGAGGAGGAUGGCCGGAUGCCAUUGCCUGCCGGCCUGGAGGACAUCUCUGCCAUCCUUGGUCCUGGUCCCCUGGCUGAGAUUAAGCCCCAGCCUGCCCCUGAGGAGGAAGAAGAGGCUGACGAAGAAGAGACAUUAGAGCUUGGCCAUGUGGACACCUAUGCUGAAUACAGACCGUCGAAAUCCAUGAUAGGAGUCUCGCAUCCUGACAUCGUUGUGGAGACCAGCACACUGUCCAGCGUUCCCCCUCCUGACAUCACCUACACCCUGUUUAUCCCUGAGAGGACCAUCUCUGCUGGACUGCUGUCUGCCCUGCAACUGGAGGCCGUCAUCUAUAGCUGUCAGCAACACGAGGUGAUCCUGCAGAAUGGGCAGCGGGCUGGCUUCCUCAUCGGGGACGGGGCAGGCGUGGGUAAAGGCCGCACAUUGGCUGGGAUCAUCCUGGAAAACUUCCUGAAAGGGCGCCGGAAAGCACUGUGGUUCAGUGUUUCCAAUGACUUGAAGUACGACGCCGAGAGAGACCUUAAAGACAUAGAAGCUCCCAGCAUUCCCGUCUAUGCCUUGAACAAGAUUAAGUAUGACGACACCGCCACUUCAGAGGGCAUCCUGUUUGCCACUUACUCUGCUCUGAUAGGGAAGAGCAAAGCGGGCAGCCAGCUGCGGACUCGCCUGAAGCAGAUCCUGGACUGGUGUGGCCCCAGCUUCGACGGAGUGAUCGUGUUUGACGAGUGCCACAAAGCUAAAAAUGCAACCUCCACCAAGAUGGGCAAGGCGGUGCUGGACCUGCAGAGCAAGCUGCCGCUGGCCCGGGUGGUUUAUGCCAGCGCGACAGGGGCCUCAGAGCCAAAGAACAUGAUCUACAUGAGCCGGCUGGGCAUCUGGGGGGAGGGCACCCCCUUCAGGACCUUUGAUCACUUUCUGCAGGCCAUUGAAAAGAGAGGGGUGGGUGCCAUGGAGAUCGUGGCCAUGGACAUGAAGGUCAGUGGCAUGUACAUCGCUCGGCAGCUCAGCUUCUCGGGCGUGUCCUUCCACAUCGAGGAGAUCAGCCUGGACGACGACUUCAAGCUUGUCUACAACAAGGCUGCUAAGCUGUGGGCCGAGGCCCUGACCGUGUUCCUGCAGGCGGCCGACCUCCUGGGGCUGGUCUCCCGCAAGACCCUUUGGGGCCAGUUCUGGUCGGCGCACCAGCGAUUCUUCAAGUACCUAUGUAUUGCUGCUAAAGUGCGCCGCCUAGUGGAGCUGGCUGAGACAGCACUUCAGCAGGGCAAGUGCGUCGUCAUCGGCCUGCAGUCCACCGGCGAAGCACGGACCCGGGAGGUGCUGGACGAGAAUGACGGCCACCUGGACAGAUUUGUGUCUGCGGCAGAAGGUGUGUUUCGGUCUCUGGUGCAAAAGCACUUUCCCUCAGAGAAGCAGAAGAGAGACAAGAGCGUUGGAAACAAGAGAAAGCGCAAGCCCAAGGGCCGUCCGCCAAAAUACCCAAAGCACGGCAUGGAGCUCAGCGGCGUGAUCAACAUCAGCGACGAGACCAGCACUGACUCCGACGGCCUGGACAGCGACUCCAACUCAUCACCCGACUCACUGCUGGACAACGACGACGUCAUCUUCGUCAACCACACCACCUGCCACUCAGUUAAGUUGGAGGAGAUGAAGAGGAGGCUCCUGGGCCGGAUUUGCGAGCUGGGGAGGGAGCUGCCCCUCAACACGCUGGACGAGCUAAUCGACCGUCUUGGGGGCCCGGAGAAGGUGUCUGAGAUGACGGGCCGGAAGGGGCGGGUGGUGCGGCAGGCCAACGGGAGCGUGCGGUACGAGUCUCGCGCUGAGCAGGGGCUGACCAUCGACCACAUCAACAUCAAGGAGAAGGAGCGCUUCAUGGAUGGGGAGAAGCUGGUGGCCAUCAUUUCGGAAGCGGCCAGCUCCGGCAUCUCGCUGCAAGCGGAUCGGCGGAUAAAGAACCAGCGCCGGAGGGUGCACCUGACCCUGGAGCUGCCGUGGAGCGCCGACCGGGCCAUUCAGCAGUUUGGUCGCACACACCGUUCCAACCAGGUAACGGCCCCGGAGUAUGUCUUCCUCAUCUCGGAGCUGGCAGGAGAGCGCCGUUUCGCCUCUAUCGUGGCCAAGAGGCUGGAGAGUCUGGGGGCUCUGACCCACGGGGACCGGAGGGCCACGGAGUCAAGGGACCUCAGCAAGUUCAACUUUGAGAACAAAUACGGCACCAGAGCACUGGACCAGAUCACCAAAGCCAUCCUGGGCCAUAUUAAGAGCAAGGUACCCCCCCCAAAGGGGUACCCCGGAGGAGAUGCCAUGUUUUUUAGUGACAUGAAGUAUGGUUUGAUGGAUGUUGGCUUCUUCUGUAAGGAGUCUUUCAGCAAUGAGAAAGACUGCAGCAUCACAAAGUUCCUCAACCGUAUCCUGGGCCUGGAGGUACACAAGCAGAACUCACUCUUCCAGUACUUCAGCGACAACUUCGACUACCUAAUAGAAAUGGACAAGAAGGAGGGGAAGUAUGACAUGGGCAUUCUGGAUUUGGCUCCGGGCAACGAUAAGAUUUACGAAGAGACCCAGGAGAAGUUCCUUACCCCGGGCAACCCACAGGAAGGCCAAGUGAUCCUCUAUGAGGUCAGUGUAGACCGCGGGCUGCCCUGGGAGGAGGCGCGCAGUCGGGCGCAGACACUGCGGGGACCUGACGACGGCUUCUACCUGUCCCACAAGAUGCAGAGAAACCAGCCCUGUGUGCUUCUGGCUGAACAGAGCCGCGGGAAGAACCUGGUGCUGUACAAACCCAAUAUUGGCCGGCAGACCCAGCCCGAGAGCCUGGACAACCUCCUGAGGAAAUACCACAAGGUUACACCUGAUGAAGCCAGGGAAUUCUGGGAAAAGCAGUAUUCCGUAUCUCUGACCAAGUGCAGCCAUGCCAGCCGGAGUGGCCGUUGCAAGCAGCUGAGCCAGGGAGGCAAGUGCUGGAUGGGGCUGCGGCUGCGGCGCUACCACAUGCUGUGCGGCUCGCUCCUGCGCGUCUGGAAGCAUGUGGCCGACACCGUGGCCAACGUCACCAGCCCCGGCAUCCUGCAGAUCGUGCGCCUCAAGACCAAGCAGCACAGCAAGCAAGUCGGCAUCCGGAUCCCCGAGAACUGCGUGCCGCAGGUCCGCGACAUCCUACUGCAGAUGGAGCAGGAGGUGCAGAGGCAGCGGCAGGAGCGGCAGUGUCGGGCCGCUGAGGAGCAAGCCCUGGAACAGCAGCAGUGGCACUCCUCGUUCCUCCCCUCCCAGCCACCCGCCCAGUCCGAUCCCGUGGACGCCAUCCUGGACCUGACCCUGAGCAGCCCGUCCCCCUCCCCCGACAGCGAUGCCGAUGAUGAUCGCAAUGACAGCCGGGGCCUGCUUUGCCCGUCUGAGCCAACAGGGGGCGCCCUACCAUACAGCCUGCAGCCCCCGCGGGAUUUCCAGCAUACCUCCCCUGAGGAUGAGCUGACGGCCCCCUUGAAUGGGCCCUGCUCCCAGCUGCCCCCUCCCCUCUCCUUGUACCCUUCCUGCUCAUCUUUCUCUCCUGCACCCUCCACAGCCCCUCACUCCACCACCUCCAGCUCCCCCUCCUGUUCCUUCCCAUCAGGCCCUGCAGUGGGCUGGUACGCGCCUUCCUUCCAGAGCAGCCACUGCAGUGCAGAUGCUCUGGAUGUGCGCGAGACACUGGACAGCCUGUUUCAUACCAGCUCAGGCCGGCAGUCCGUGAUCCAGUACUGGCUGCCUGGCUGGGAUGCAACUUAACGCUCCCCUCCGGCUUCCCCUACUGUCCCCACAAACCUCAUUGGCUCAGUAUAGCGAUUUGCUUUAAACUUGCUGUGGUAGAUUAUGAUGAAGUUACAGAUGACUGGCUCCAGCUCCCAGCAUUCCUCAGUUUCCACUGAGUCUCCUCAGUGGUCUUUGGAGUGCACUUGUCAACCUGGAAUCACGUUUGCCGUUGGGGUGGAAGAUGUUUAGUAGGACAGUAAGCGCUUGAAUCGGAAAUGUUAGUUUAGAACAGAUUUUAUUUAAACCUGGAAAAGAAGCUGUUUCUUUUAGUUCAGAGGGGUAAUCAAUCAGAUUGCACAGGAGGUGGGUCCAACCAAACAGAUGUCUUCGUUAAACCUCCUCUAGUUGCCUGGAUCCACCUCCUCUACAAUCUGAUUUAUCUCUCUGAACCAAUCAUUUUCCCUUCUGUCCUCAGAACAUUUCUAUAUAAGUAAUAUUCUCACGAGCUAGGUGUUUCCAUGGCGAUUGGCUGAACCCGGGCAGAGCAGAGAGGCGGCAUCCCAUCUGAAGGGCCAUGUUUCAUGAUCGUGGUCAGCUGUUGGCACCAGGUUACAAGCUGAAAUGGAAACAAAAGUGUCUCCAGAGAAAAGUCACUUUGACCGUGCCUUCUAAGAAAUGCAGUCUUUCUAAAGUAUUUAUAUAUUUUUUUGAAACAGUGGUAUGUUGGUUUUAAUGAUUAUCAUAUCAGACUGAAGGUCUUCAUGGUGUUGUGCUGCUAGGAGAUUUAAAACCUUUGGUUGGGGGCUCAUGAAUUCACAACCUCAUGAAUAGCUGAGCACAACCAAUGAUCGCCAUGGAGACUAAUGAUCGGCUGUGCUAAUGGCUGUUAAAAAUGUGGCAUGGGGGGGGGGUAUUAAUAUUUGUUGAUCAUGAUGUAAUUAAAGGGGACUAAUUUACUUUCAUUGUUGUUCAGCCCUUGAAAUUCUCAGGGAAAUGUAGUUUUAAAGGUCUUUAGGAGUUCGGCUUUAUUACUAUCUGGGUAAUAAAAACCUUCAUAAGUAGUUGGAUCUGUUGUCCUAAUGCAAGUUAGAUACCUAGAGCCCAGAAAGAACCUGUAAAAAUCUCCCUUUCUUCUCCAUAAGAUUUUCUUGAGCAAUAAUAACUGUACAAUAAGAACAAAUCGAAAGGCAGAAGUCACUACUGUUUACGAUCUGUAUCGUAUGUCUCUUGGAAGACUUUCACAUGUGUGGGUAGUAUACAAGAACUAUUUAAAUUAUGACCCAAACUCACAUCUUUUAUUCUUGUAAAGCAAAGAAAAAAGAAUUUAUGGUAUUGUCAUUAUUACUGCUAUUUAUAUGUAUUAAAUAUUCUAGUAGAUAGAUUAUAAUUUUGUUCUGCAGAUUAAUACUUUAAAAAGAAAGUUUCAUCAGGGACUUUUCUUUUUAUGAAAUUGUUAACUGGUACCAAAUAUGUUGCACUGUUCUGUGCUGAUUCCUAGUAUAAUGUCUCUGUACUGCCUCUUACUUGUUUUCUGUGUGUUUUUGAUUUAACAUUAUUAACUUGUUUUCAUGGGUAGGGGAUAAGCCUGCAGUAUGAUACCAAAAUAUUCCGACCUGAAGCCACUGGCUGUUUUACUCAGUACUCAGGAAGAAAUUCGGAAGAAGCCUGACAUUUAACUUGGUCUGAUUCUUAAGGGUUAAUUUCACAACAGAUAAUGGAAACACACACUGCUGUCGUUCAGCACUUUGUUCCUGAAUUGCUGUGUUUUGUGUGUGUGGUUUAUACUUCAACACAUAGUGAGUGGUUGGAAAACUGGACUGAAAGCUGGGGUCUCUGUCCCUGCGGGGUCUCUGUCCCUGCGGGGUCUCUGUCCCUGCGGGGUCUCUGUCCCUGCGGGGUCUCUGUCCCUGCGGGGUCUCUGCGGCUGGCCCUGUGACUGAGGUGCUUUACUAGAAUGAUUUUCAUGUGAUAACCGGCUGCAAAACGUGAUUUAAACAGAGGUGGGUAGUUCAGGUCCAGAAAGUAAAAAUCCAGACCAAGAUUUUAUUCCAACCAGCCAGUUGAGUAUGAAGAGUCGGUGCCACUUUACAAAAAGGCUACCCGUAUAAAGUGUUUAUGAAUGGUUUAUAAUCUGGUUAUUAAUUAGGUUGUAACACUUUGUAAAUUAACAAGUUAUAAUACAGUUUUCUUUUUAUUAAUGAGCUACUACCAUUUACAAGUGGCACAAGGGAGUCUUAUUGUAAAGUGGUACUGAAGAGUCACAGGCACAGAGUACACAACUGGUUGGUUGAAACAAAAUCUUGGUUUGGAUUUUUACUUCUGGACCUGGACUAUCUACCUUUGUUUAAAUAUAACCAAUGAAAUUUAAUUACGAGUAAGGAAAAUGGAGGGAAAAAAUUAUAUAUUAUUGAGGAUUUUAAGGGUAGGUUGAAUCCAGGUGUUGCUACAAAGUUUCAUUUGUUUUUGUAUAUUACGUAAGUUCUCUAGUCUGAACUGUUCCAUAAAGCUCUGGUCAUAGUGGAGAUACAGCCACCAAAAGAGCCUUAGUUCACAGGCACCCAUACAAACUCUCUCUCAAACAUAUUGUGCUACUGACUAUUUUUUUAAAGACUUUGACAAACCAUUCAGCACUUUUUCCCCGAAUAUAUUUAUUUGGAUCAAAGUUGUAUUGUAAACACUUGUGCCUUUUUGACUAAUUCUCUGUUUAUAACGGGAGUCUUGUAUGGCAGUCUUGAUUUUUGUUAAAAUAAAAGCUCAGGAUUGCUGAUGUUCUGUUUGUUCCUUGAUCAUGAUUUAACUGUUUUGGUUUGUCCAUUUUAGCAUUUAAUUUAAAUAAACCUACAUGUAAAAAUUGGUUUAA